UAAAUAUGGUAUGGGGACACCAGUUUCAUAAACAAGAUUAAUGCUCUUUCUGUGGACCAGAAAGGAAAGUGGGUUCCUAUUCCAGCCCCAAUAAGAGGCAAACCAUUGUCCAAAGAUUCUUAGUCCUUUUUCUUUUCAAUGAUCAAUAUUGGGGCAUACUCUAUUGUCACUAUCUUUUCUGUCAACUGAUAUCAUCACCUGCGUGUUAAAAGAUAAGGUCUCUCCCAUCUUCUCUACUUUACUCAUAUAUACCUCUAUAAAGAUGGUUCAAUAGAACUACUUUGUUAUAUGGAUGCACAUACAAACAGAGAGUAUUUCGAGGAUACAGUUCAGAAGCUCAAUGCAUGUAUUGCUGGGAGGAAGGCAGAUGGGAAGUAUAGAAAAAGGGUUGUUUCUCAUAUUCUUCUCUUACCUAUGUAUUUGUUCAACUUCAUCCCCUCUUCAGAAGGUCUUGCUUUCUUCAGAUCCUCUGCAGGAAACUCACUUGGGAGCAAAGUUUGCUCGCAGGUAUGGCAGCGGUUCUGUUGGUGAAAGUGUUGGGAGUGGUAUAAAACAUAACAGGAAGAUUGAAGGUGCCCAUGGUCAUGGAGCUGCUGCUGCUGGUGGAUCCAAUGGCAAUGGUCAGAAUGGAAAUAAUGGUGGUUCUGUUGGAUCUAAUACGCAAGGAGGUACGGCUUUCAUCCCAGUAUAUGUGGCCGGUGCUGCCAAUAACCGCCACCAGAACCAUCAUCGUGGGUCUGGCAACUGCAACCGGAACUCCCCAGGAUUUUCAACCUUGGUUGCAGCCACCUUGGCCUCUCUCCUUGCAGGUUUAUAUUACUAACAUCAGGAAACAAAUAUGUUGCUUUUUACAGUUCAUUAAGGUUUGUCUGUUGUGGGACUGGGCUUGGAUUAAUGUUUUGCUACAAAUAUAACUACACUGUACAAUGCGUUGGCUUUGGUUAAA